AUGGAAGAUUGGGAAGAGGAACGUGAAACUGUAAAGGCCGAUAUUAGCCAACUGAAGGAUCAAGUCAGUCAAAUUUUGGAGGCUUUGAAAGCCAUGAAGACUGCAGGGGAGACUUCGUCUACAAAGGCCGAGGAUAAUGCUCACCCUCCCGUACAUAACGUUGUGGGCACGCAAUUUACGUUUCCAAUGUAUGGUUUGCCACCAGGUUACACACCACCCAUUGGAGAUCAUUCAGAGGCAGAGCACNCUUCUUUGGCAUCUCCCAUAACCAAUGGCGUACUUCACAUAAAUACUCAAGGGCCUAUCCUCACGAAAGAGAUGAAGAUGAAUGAAACAACCAAGUCUCCUUACANAGUUGUUGCACAUGAUGUUUCGACUAAGGCCACCAUACACACGGGCACAGAAGAAGAGAAAAGUAAACUUGAGGCACUUGAAGACAGGAUGAAAGCCAUAGAAGGGAUUGAAAGUUACGGGUUUGGUGACGUGNCAAGGUUGAGUCUGGCCCCAGGAGUGACGAUUCCGCACAAGUUCAAGGUNCCGGAAUUCGAAAAGUACAAGGGUAACACAUGCCCUAAGAAUCAUUUGACCAUGUAUUGUCGAAAAAUGGCUGCCUAUGCUCAUGAUGAUAAAUUACUCAUUCAUCUCUUCCAAGAUAGUUUGGCUGAUGCGGCAUUAAGUUGGUACACGCAUCUGGAAUCCUCCCAUAUCCGCUCUUGGGCAGAUUUGGCGGAUGCCUUUGUAAGGCAGUACAAAUACAACAUGCAUGUCGCGCCAGACAGGCUACAAUUACACCACAUGUCAAAGAAAGAGGAAGAGUCUUUUAAGGAGUACGCGCAACGAUGGAGAGAGUUGGCAGCGCAGGUUGAGCCACCUCUAUAUGACAAGGAGAUGGUUGCAAUGUUUGUUAGCACACUACAACCACCUUUUUAUGAGCAUAUGAUCGGAAAUAUGUCUUCCAAUUUCGCUGACAUCAUUAUCAUAGGUGAAAGGAUCGAGAUUGGACUGAAAAGUGGGAAAAUUACGUCUCCAGCCACCACUUCGAAGAAAUUUGUUUUUAACUCGGAAAAAGAAAAGGAAAUGGGAGUGCAUGCAACAUCAGCAAUACCCAUGUGGAGAGGUCAUGCGCCCACUCAUAACUAUCGACCAAUCCCGAAUUACCCUCCUUAUGUGAACAAUACAAUGUCUGGUUCCCAAACAAGACCUCGACCGCCAGGGUAUUAUCAACCACAACAAGCCUCGAAUAAUGCUUGGGGCACUGGAGCCGGCUUGGGUCCUGAUCAGAACGUUGGUCAAAAUGCUCAUCCUAAGAGGAACCCAGAGAAAAAUUUCACUCCCAUUCCUAUGACAUAUACGGAACUAUUACCUCAUCUCCUUAAGAAGGCAUCUUCAUCAUCACAAAUCAUUGAUGAAGAACCUUUGAUAUUGGAUAAUGUUGAUGAUUUCAGCACAAAUGAUGAAUUGGAUAACUUACUUCGUGAUGAACACAAUGAUGCUGAUCAAAUGACACAAUCAUCUCAGCAUGUCAUUCCACAACUGCAUGAGCAUAUGCAAUUCCAAACAAAGGAGGAAACUGUUGUUGCAAUCAAACAAUAUCACAUCACCAACGGUUACAAAUAUAGCAUUGUUGAAUCCAAGUCUAACAUUUAUGUUAUUCGAUGUUUGAAAUACCAUAACGACUGUCAAUGGCCUUGA